UUCCCAUCUCGCAAACCCAUUAUUCACACUUCAAUAUCCAUCAGCUCAACUUGAUAAGCUUAUCAUCUUGUCUGACCCAUGACACAUGGAGUUGACAUGGACUGCUGUCCGCUCGUGUGCCCCCAACUGGUGGGCGACUGAAUUGCCUGCUGGCUCCACCGGCCAUCGCGCAGACCUUCUCGAUCCGGCAAUGAGCGCUAUCUUAUCGCUUCCCCGGUUAUCGUCCCCAGUUCGGCAUUGGUGAGCAUCUACUCCAGCAUUGAGCAGGGUCCGAUGCUCUGCCUGGAAAUUGGAUGCCAAUAAAUACCGCCCAAUGGCGGCCGCUGCCAUCAUGGCGGAAUUUUCGCCUCGCCUUUUCAUAUUCACAGCCAGACUCCAACAAUGGCGGUUUCCGAAGACGAGAUUCAGGCCGUCGGUCCAGCCACAACAGGCGAAGAUGUUCGCCUGGAGCAUCUGGGCUAUGAGCAGGAGCUCAAACGGUCCUUCGGGCUCUUGGGUAUGAUCGGUUUCAGUUUCAGUGUGGUCACCUCAUGGACCGCACUCAGUGGUGUCUUCAUCGUCGGUGUCACAUCCGGUGGCCCCCCAGUCAUGAUCUUCAGCUUCAUCGGUGUCAGCCUCCUCACCCUUGCCGUUGCCAUUCCCAUGGCCGAGAUGUGUUCGAUGUAUCCUGUGGCCGGUGGCCAAUACUCCUGGGUGGCUGCAUUUGCUCCUCCGAAAUUCGCCCGCGAGUUGUCCUACAUAACCGGAUGGUUCAUGCUCAUUGGUCUCCUCGCAAUGGGCGCAACCAACAACUCCAUCGCUGCCCAGUUCGUACUCGGAAUGGCCAACCUUGUCUUCCCCUCGUACGAGAUCCAACGCUGGCAGACCGUCCUAGUAGCCUACCUCGUGGCCAUCCUCGCCGCGGCAAUCAACAUCUGGGGCCCCCAUCUGCUCAACCGGAUCUCCCGCUUCAUCCUCAUCUGGAACAUCGCCGCCUUCUUCAUCACCGUUGUUGUCCUCCUCGCCACAAACGACCACAAACAAUCCGCCUCCUUCGUCUUCGUCGACUUCCAGAACUUCACCGGCUGGGACCGCGCCAUGGCCGCCAUCGUCGGCAUCCUGCAAGCCUGCUUCGGCAUGUGCUGCUACGACGCCCCGGCCCACAUGACUGAGGAGAUGAAAUCCGCCUCCAAACAAGCCCCCCAAGCCAUCAUCCUCUCCGUCGUCCUCGGCGCCAUCACCGGCUUCGCCUUCCUCCUCGUCCUCUGCUUCUGCAUCGGCGACAUCAACGCCACCCAAAACUCCGCCACCGGCGUCCCCGUCAUCCAGAUCUUCUACGACUCCACGGGCAGCAAAGUCGCCGCCUGCUUCCUCGCCAGCAUGAUCGCCGUCAUCGUCAUCAUCGCCGGGAACAACAUCCUCGCCGAAGGCUCCCGCUGCGUAUACGCCUUUGCCCGCGACAACGGCCUCCCAUUCAGUAAAUUCCUCGCCAAAGUCGACAAGAAGCGCCAAGUGCCCAUCAACGCUAUCCUCCUCACCCUGAUCGUCCAACUCGCCCUUGAUGCCAUCGACUUUGGCACCUCCACUGGCUUUGAAACAGUCAUUGCCAUUUCCACCGAAGGAUUCUACCUCUCCUACGCCAUGGCCCUCGCCAGCCGUCUCCUCGGCUACAUCACCAACCACCGCCCCACCCUAACGGGCCCCUUCUCCCUCCGUCCCUGGCUCUCCCUCACACUCAACACCCUCGGUCUCCUCUUCCUGCUCUUCGCAUCCAUCACGUUCAAUUUCCCGGAGUCGUAUCCCGUGACGAAGGACUCGAUGAACUAUACGAGUGCGGCGAUUGGGGUCGUUGCGCUGGUUAGUGUGCUUACGUGGGUGGUUACGGGGAGGAAACGUUUUACGGGGCCGGAGGGGUGGGAUGCCGCUGUACGGGUGGAGGGGAAGGUUGAGAUGGAAAUGGAGGGGGAUGGGGAUGGGGUGAAGAAGAGGGGGUAA